CAAAUGCAGUUGAUUCAUUGAUUGCAUUGAAACUGUCAAUGCAUUGAUCCUUUAAUUUCCUUCUAUCUGUUUUUGGUUUAUAUUGCAUUAGAAUCAAUUAUUUUAAUACUAGAAAUUGUACUUUCUUAAGUUUAGUAAAUACUGAAUGAUAUUUAUCAGUAUUUAGUUGACCUGUUUCUGUUUUUACCAACGGAAUAACUUGAAAAAUAAAAUGAGUGGAGCAUCAUACACUGAAGAACAUCUUAUUGACUCUGGUGACGAUAAAGAUGACCCAUACGAUCUGGGCCUAACAUUAGAAGAAACUGAGGACGAUUUCAAUAUCGAAGAUAUAACUGAUGACCAAGUUAAAGAAAUACUAAAUGAUGAUGAGGAAAACAGAUUCUUACUGGAAGAUGAUGAUCCAAUAGAGUCUACGAGUUCUCAGAUAAAUAUUAUCGACAGACGUGUCAAUGACAAACCUAAUAAUAAGGGUAAAUCAAAUGACUCCAAGUCUUUUCGUAACUCUGGAAAUUUAAUCACCAUUGACUGUGAUGAUGAAGAAGAAGACGAAGACGAAAGUGAGAUUGAUGACCGAAGACAUUCUAAAUUCAAAAGUGAAAGAGUUAUUAAAAAUAACGACAAAAAAGCCGAUGAUAAAGACAUACCAGAAACUCUGGAAGCAGUUGUAUUAGACGCCAAUGAAUCUCACAAGAAUAAUAGAAACCAUCAAAAUAGAGGGAAUUAUGGUCAUCAUUAUAACAACAAUCAGAGAGGUUAUCGGAAUUUUUUAAAGGGCAGAAAUUUCGUCCCUAGUUCAAGACCGUUUAUUGGGAAUAACAGUCUAUCUUCCAUGGGUCUACUUCCAACUCCACUCCAAUCGUUCAAUAGAAUUCAUGUGAACCCAAAUUUCAAACCUCUUGCAAAUCAAGGCUCGAGAUUAUCCAAUCCAAUGAACGAUUACAGACAAAGGUGUUUUCUAGGUGGAAUGAAUGGACGCAUGUCCACCCCGCAUCGACCUCAAGGUCCUAGACAUUGCUUUCCAGAUAUGGGCCCUUCUGGACCAUUUUCAGAUAAUUCAAUGAUUUCUGAUCCUCUCGAAGCAUUAGUUAACUCUCAAAGAUUACCUGAACACGAAUUAAGAGAACCUAACUCUAGUCAUCAUUUUUCGCCAAACAACACCAGACCUCCAUUAUUUAACGAACCUUUUUCUGGUAAUUGGUCAAAUCAUGUUGGUAUGUCAAAUCAGCCUUGGAUGAAACACAACAAUAGACCCUCUAUGGAUAAUUUUCAGCGAAUUCCUGGCUUAUUCAAUUCAGAACCAACUCCUAGAUCCCUUUUACUAGGUUCUCGUGUUCCUGCUAAUAACUCCUUAUUCGGAUCUCCACAAAGACAUCUUAUGCAGCCUCGAUUUUCUGGUCUACCUCUAUUUAAUCAACCAAGCAUGCCUCAAAUGAGCAGCAUGGAGUUCCCUGGAAAUCGCUCAACGCGAAUUGAAAUUGUUCCUCAUCCAGUUCCUGCUUUGCAACGCCACCAAAUACCUCUUCAUUUAAUUCAUAAUGCUUUCAGCCCUUCUAGUGGACCAUCACAAGGUCAAAAUCGUCCUUCCGGAUUGAAUAACUCUCGACCAUCAGUGCAUCAAGAUAACAAAAAAUCAAAUCACGGUCCUAUUGCAUCUACUUCAGGAUCAGGAAACUAUGAGCAAUCGUCUAGAGACAACAAUCAGUUUAGAUUUCAACAGAAUGAACCUAAACCUCAUUUUUCACCAAUGAGAGUGCAAGAAUCCACUUCACCGCACCAUUCAAUCAACAAAGUCACAACUUCUCCCAGUCAACGAAACCCAAGACCCUCAACAUCUAAUGUUAACCUUAAAAAUAUCCGACAAAUCAAGACUAUCGGUCCAAGCACGUCUACAACGCACACCGAUGCCCGAAAAGCUGCGCUUCUCAAAACAAAAGCAGCACGAAGAUUUUUGCAAAAAGAAAACAUGAAUCGAAUUGUAACUUCUGUAAAACAAAUUGAAGUUGUUGAUUUAGACACAACUCCGACCCAAAAGGAUGAUUCAAAUGAACAAAGUAAGCAACCACAGCCUAUGGUCGUCGAUUUGGAGAUCGAUGAAGAUUACAAGAAGAAGUUGGAAGAACAAAAAAGAUUACGUGAGGAAAUCAUCAAAAAGAAAGAAGAGAGAAGAAAACAAAUGGUUGCUGAAAAGAUGAAACAAGGAGUAUCAACAGGAGCAUCAACAUCUAAUUCAAUUCCCUCUGCAAGCACAUCCACUCCUCUUUCUUCUGGAACAGGUCAACAACGAAGGGUUAACCCUUUAGCAUCAACUCUCAUUGAAAGAGUAUCUCCGCCUCGUGAUGUGCAAAUUGUUAGUGAGAAAAACACGAGCCAAUCAUCACCAUUCAAAAGGAAAUCUUCUCUAUCAUCAGAUGAAUCAAUAAUUGAAAUCGAUAAAAGCUCCUCAGAUGUCAGAAAAGUGGAAAUAAAAGGACUCGCGUUGACAACAACUAAAGCGACUAUCACAAAAUUGUGUACUUCCAUUGGACCCAUCGAAGAUUGUGUUGUUGAUGUCACCAAUUCAGAAAAAAAGGCAACUGUAACCUUUAAAACUUCUCAAGAUGCUCGAGCAUUUCAAUCAAGAUUCCAGAGACAUUUAGUAGAUCUCUGUGUAAUUCAGGUCUCUCUUUUAUGGUAUCAAUGAGCUUUUGGAAGUUGCUGUUUACUCAUGUACUCAUCAUUAUUUGUUCCUAAUCAUCUUUAUACUUUGAUAAUUACUAAUGUUUGAAAUUAUACAAACUAUCUCUAGCUAUUUAAAAAACCAACUUAUAUACAAAGGAUGUUGCUCUUGAAAUGUCGUUCUACUUAUAACCUCUUGUAUUUCAAAUUAUUGCAUUUUCUCCAACUACUAUAACCUUAAUAUUUAUACACUCACUCUUAAACGAAUACCAAACCAUCUGAAUCAAUUUGAUUGAAAUGUUAAUCAAAGUAACAUCACAGUAUUUCAAUGUAUUUGAAUAUCUCUUUCUACCCUUCCCACUUAUUUUUGUUUUGUUUCUUUAUUUAAAAAAUAUUUUCAGUAAUUUUUGAUUGUAAAUUGAGAACCGAUAUUGUUUGAAUGAUCUUUUAAUCGCAAUCCUAAUCAAUCAUUGUAAGCAAAACGACAUUUCAACUUCAAUAACCAACAUGAGUCAAUAGUUUUUCGUAAUGCAGUCAUGUAUUUUAUUUACCAUUAGUAAUUAUCAACUAAAUUAUUUUAAAAUGUCAAUCAAUUUCAAUGAAUUUAACUCUUCCAUUGUGCUUAUAAUCAUCCUGCUUGUUAUCACCCUUUUCCCAUCCACCCUUCAUCUUAGAUUCAUUACCGUUUUGCAAGAAAUUUUUAUCUGUUUAAACCCAAACUGUGCCAAAAAUUUGUUUAUUUUGAUCCAAACAAAAUGAGAUUCAAAUUGUUCAAGCUAGUCUGAUCCGUACAAUUUCAUUUAUCCAGCUUCUGGUGAUAUUUGAUAACAAUAAUUAAUAUCAAUGGAAAUUUUCAGCAUGCCUAAAUAGCAUCAUAAAUCACAACAAAUAUAAAACAAUAUUAAAUUCAGAAUCUGAAGCGAAAUAUCAUUUCUAUUGUUUCUUAGCUCAUCAAUUCAUUUGGAUUUUUCAAUCUUUUCCAAUUCUAAGACAGUGUCAUUCAGAUUCUGAAAAUUUCAUUUACGUUUUUACAAAAUAUUACCAAAAGCUUGAAAGAUGCUUAAAAUUACAGCUAAUUUUAGGUUUCUGACAGCUUUUAAUUUACUUUUCCUCUAAUCAUAUUGAACAUUAUUUCAUAUUUUUACGCCCGGUCAAAGAUAUUUAUUAUUUGUAAAUCAAAUGAUCUCUAACUCUUGUCCAGUCUUCUGGUUAAAAGCAAAAUGGUCAAUGUUUCCAACUUUCACCUUAUAUGUUAUUCAAUGAUAAAAAUUUCUUAUAUUUUUUUAUUUAACAACCAAUCUCAACAUAUAAUUCCUAUUCCUUUAUCUAUCUUCAACCCAUUUACUGGUUCAAAACAAAACAGUAUACAAAGUAGUACAAACCAAAUCAAAACUAAUUGUUAUUUUCCAUUAUUACCUUAAUUAUUAUCCAUUUUUUCAGACUUCAUUUAAGGAAAUGUUGAGAUGAUAACUGUUAACUGUCUUCAAUUUGAGCUGAUUGGGUCAGCUGAUAAUAACUCGAUAAUGUCAAAAUCAUCAUUCAUUGUUAUUUGCUGAUGAAAACAAACAAA